AUGCCACCUCUCCGCCUCUAUGUCCUCGUCCUGAGUGCUGUUCUUCUACUGGAUUAUCAAUGCUUUUCAGCUUUUACCGGUACAGUGGUCGCAAAAUCUGAAGCUACAGGAGCGGAGACCACCCACCGCUUGACCAGUGAUCAAGCGUCCGAUCAUAGUCGUGAGGAAAGAAUCGUAUCCGUCGACAGUAUGAUGUCUAUGUUUUCAGGGUGGAUUCGUGCAAUCAAAGCUUUUAUAUUAGGCGCCAUAAAUUCACUUCGUCGAGCCGACGUGAAGAAAGUUCCGGAGCGUAACGUCGAUCCGACCAAGCUCCGUGUACCGGCAGACAGAAUUCCUGAAUCAGUCGCCAGAUUCAAAAAAAUUGACACUGGCAAAACGCGGGGGAAAGCUAAUGUCGGACCCACGCUGCCCAGCCGCCUCCCAGGGAAUGCUGAUGCCGGACCCGCGCUGCCCAACCGCCUUCCAGAACCACUUCCACUUCCACCUGACGCCAACGAUUUCAAGAUCAAAUACCCCUACGUCCAACGCAUUUUGGGCGAAACGAAAUUUAAGAGCGGCUUCUUUUCUUCAACCGGAUUUGACAAUUACAAGAACAUUGUCAUCCCUGAGUUCGUCAAACCUCAGUAUGACAAGGUAACUGUGGACGUUGACUUUCCUCCCGAGAUGUACGAGUCUCUUCAGAUGUACCUUUCUCUUCAGGGUCGCGAUAAACUAGAUCUCGUAGCUAUCGCAUACUGCGCAAUGCUGUCCUUUAAAUUCGCAGAUGUGGGUGAGAGUUUGUUGAAAACCGUGAUCACAGACAUGAAGCAUUUGAAACGGGCGGGUGUGAAAGCAAAUUUGCGGAAUAAAUUCAAGAAUGACGGCGACCAACUUUUCACUAGAGCCAUAGACUUUUACAUCGAUAAGUAUCUCACUGAAUAA